AUGUCGAAGACCAUCACCCUCCAAGAAUACCGUGAACUACAGCAGCGCGACCGGGAACGCGAACAAGAUGAUUCAUUCAACAAGUCACACGUUAGAAAUAAAUCCAUAUCCAACGCCCAACUCCCUUCACCCCCUCACCCAACAACAAUGUACACCGCAGAGGAUCAGCUGAAGCGCACCAACACAGUUCCACACGUCUCUGCCUCCACCCUCCCAUCGGCCGCCCUCCCAUCGGCCGCCCCUGCCGCCAACUCCGCCACUGCGAUUGUCACCACAUCCGGUCCUGCCUCUUCAAGCUUCAGCGCAACCGCCUCCCAACAGAAACUUGCACAAAACCAACAACAAAUCCUCGCCCAGAUGCAACAACAGCAACAACAGCACGCACAACAACAGCUCGUACAUCAACAACUCCAUACACAACAACAGCAGACAUCCCCUACUCCUUUCACUCCGAUCUACACCAUCGACGCCUUCAUCACCCGGUAUGCACACAAGCUGCAAAGCCUGGACCACUCGAUCAAAGGAAAGGUGCUCACCGCUGGGACCCUCAAGAGCGACCCCUCACAAGGUCAAAGACGUCGAGAGCUCUAUUCGAGUAUCAGCAGCUACGAGGCCAAGCUCCUCGAGUAUGAGGACAAGAUCGAAAAGCUGUUCAGACUCAAGAUCUGCAAUGGCAAGUAA